CUUGAACUCAGAACACCAGCUGGAGCGACUGCUUGUUGUUGAGAGGGUUUAGCUGACAGUAACUAUAGCAACUACUGACUAGUGGGUUGGAGUAACUAACUAGUCAGGAUGAAAACCCUCCUGGUUGUGUCCUGCUGUCUGCUCUCUGCUGUGUGUGUGGAGGUGUCAGCAGUGAUCCAGGUGUCUAGGGAGGAAGGAGGAGAGGUUGUGAUCAGGUGCACUAUGGACAAUGCACGGCUGUCCAUCACGGAUAAUGAUAAGUACUUCUGUAAGGGUAAAUGUUUCUACAACAGUGACAUUCUAGUGCAAACUGAGGGGGAUGAUCACUAUGUACAGAAAGGAAGAUAUGAGAUCGAUGACCGUAGAGAUGGUACCUUCACUGUGACCAUCUCUCGACUGCAGAACUCAGACUCAGGGAGGUACCAGUGUGGAGUGAGUAGAACCGGACCAGAUGUAAUCCAGGAGGUGAAUCUGACAGUGAGGAAGGCUACACCUAGACCCUCCACUGUGAAGCCCAGACCUGUGACACCGUCAUCUAACCUUCCUACAACAUCUCCUGAACUCUCUGCAACGUCUCUGACCACUAAGGACCUGACAGUGCUCCUGUCUGUGUGUGUGUCAGGGCUGCUCCUGUUGGGAAUGAUCCUGCUGUUUAACUACCUCUGGAGGAGACACAAUAUAUCACCCGAUCCAUAUCUCACCAUGACCCCAACCCCAGACCCCAUCUACCAACACCUCAACCCUGUCACCAUGGAUACAGACCCCAUCUACCAACACCUCAACCCUGUCAAGAUGGAUACAGACCCCACCUACCAACACCUCAACCCUGUCAGCAUGGAUACAGACCCCAUUUACCAACACCUCAACCCUGUCACCAUGGAUACAGACCCCACCUACCAACACCUCAACCCUAUCACCAAGGACACCUGAGCCACAGUGUCUGUAACCCAGAACCCAGCCCUAACCCCCCCACCUUCAGAGUGUGUUGCUGAGUAACCUGAUGCUCACAGUCUGGUGAUAAUAUGGAGAAACAUCAUGUUAUCAAAUAUCUGCUGUACUUUUUCACCAGGCAUGUAAAUAAAACCUGAAUAUCUGAUAACGUGGCGUGUCACAGAGUCAGUUUCAGGACAGGAAAGUUAAGCCUCCUGCUGCGUCAUGUCAGCCACACACAUACACACACCACACACAGAUACACACACACACAUACACACACCACACACAGAUACACACACACACAUACACACCACACACAGAUACAAGCACAUACAUACACACACCACACACAGAUACACACACACAUACCACACACAGAUACACACACACAUACACACACCACACACAGAUACACACACACACAUACACACACAGAUACACACACACACAUACACACACCACACAUAUACACACACACACCACACACAUACAGUAUGUGACACACAAACACACACAAUCACAUUCUAACGUUGGCAUCCCAGCGGAUGAACAGUGUUCUUGUAACAAAACUCUAAAACACAAAUGCUUUACAACUGGCCUCUUCUGGGUUCUAUGUAAAAGGAACUAUUGAACUAUUUGUAUGUUGGAUUAAAGUAAUUAAUGCUCUUAUGUUUCUUCCCAUUGGCACUUAUUUGCUUUUCACAAUGUAUGCUUCAUGUUUUGGCUACCCGCAAUGUUUUUGGGGUUAUCUCGUUGUUUAUGAUCAUUGACCUAUGCACUUUUGUAAAGCUCUCUCUUGGAAGUCGCUUUGGAUAAAAGCGUCAGCUAAAUGAAUACAUGUAAAUGUAAUGUAAAUUAAAUCUAUGCUUGGUAGACUGUUGAUCAGACAUGUGCUUGUGUCAGUAGUAAAGAGAGUUGACCCUGCUGUUGUCACACGUAGCUAACCACACACAGACAGCUCUGUUCUCUGGUGGUGCACAUUUACGGAAGUUGCUAUCUAGCAUCUCUGCUGUACACUUUACUGACAUCAUCAUCGUCAGACUGACUGACUGACUGACUGACAGAGAACACGGCCAAUGAGGAG